UUUUUUUACCACUUUCUUGAGCAGUACGUGUGGCGCUCCUCAGCACCUUGAUGGCACACGAUGUCUCCCACUCGUCUGCUCCCUGCUCCCCUCGCCUAUCCAUUAAUUAGACAGGCCAAUCUACCUACACCUGCUACACAGCUGCCAACACUUUACCUUCACCUGCCUUACCUGGCUAUCCACGACCCCUACACCGUGCAAUGAGCCUCACCCAGCGCAUCUUGGUGUGUUUCCUUCCCCAUCACUUACGAGUACGCCUCCAGCACAACACCCAUCACACCUAGCUUUGGUAAAAGCCCCAUUACUUAGUAUGACUCCUACUCCUUCCCCCCUGAUUCACUCCUGAUUUCCUCCACAGAGGCGGCGUGCGGCCACAACGAGAGGCGGCUCCUGCACGACCUUCUAGACAGCUACAACCCCCUGGAGCGUCCAGUUCACAACGAGAGCGAGCCGGUGGUCGUGUCGUUUGGCAUCACACUCCAACAGAUUAUAGACGUGGAUGAAAAGAACCAAAUCCUAACUACAAACGUAUGGUUGAAUAUGGAGUGGAAUGAUGUCAACCUACGGUGGAAUGAGACCGAUUAUGGGAAUGUGAAGGACCUAAGAAUUCCACCUUAUAAAAUAUGGAAACCAGAUGUUUUGAUGUACAACAGUGCCGACGAGGGUUUCGACGGGACAUACCAGACGAAGGUGGUCGUCUCUUCCAACGGCAACUGCCUCUACAUCCCGCCGGGGAUCUUCAAGUCUACGUGUAAGAUUGAUAUUACCUGGUUCCCCUUCGACGACCAGCGGUGCAAGAUGAAAUUUGGCUCCUGGACGUACUCAGGCUGGCAGCUCGACCUACAACUGCAGUCAGAGGACGGCGGCGAUCUCAGUGAUUUCAUCAAGAAUGGAGAGUGGGACCUCAUUGAGGUUCCUGGUGUGCGAAACGUUCAGCAGUACCAAUGCUGCCCAGAGCCAUAUGUGGACAUAACCUUCGUCAUCAAGAUCCGGCGUCGAACUAUCUAUUAUUUAUACAAUCUGGUUCUGCCCUGUGUAAUGAUAAGCAGUAUGACCUUGCUUGGAUUCUCACUUCCCCCUGACACUGGCGAGAAACUGACACUAGGGGUUACCAUUCUCCUCUCCCUGACAGUUUUCCACAAUCUGGUGACCGAGACGCUGCCCCAAGUGUCGGACGCCAUGCCUGUGCUAGGCACCUACUUUAACUGUAUCAUGUUCAUGGUGGCCUCGAGUGUGGUUAGCACCGUUCUUAUACUCAACUACCAUCAUCGGUCGGCGGAAACCCACGAAAUGUCGCCCAUGGUGAAAAGCCUCUUCCUGCAGUGGUUACCGUGGGUGCUGCGUCUCAACCGGCCGGGGGAGAAGAUCACACGCAAGACAAUAAUGAUGAACAACAAAAUGCGGGAGCUUGAACUGAAGGUACGACAAGAAGAGAGAUCGUCCAAGUCACUUCUGGCCAACGUGCUGGAUAUAGACGAUGACUUCCGGGCUCACACGCUGCCGCACACCCACACCACCAACACCAACAAUACGGCGGGCUUCAUUAGGGUGCCGCACGGAGGCCACUCCGUUGACGAUUCUCACCUCGUCCAUACCUGCAUGUCCUCAUGCACCAGGGAGCUCAACCUUAUCCUCAAGGAGAUUCGAAUUAUUACGGACAAGAUGAGGAAAGAGGACGAGGAAAGCGACGUGAAAAAUGACUGGAGAUUCGCUGCCAUGGUGCUGGAUCGCCUCUGCCUCAUCAUCUUCACCCUGUUCACCAUCACCGCCACCGUCGCCGUGCUUCUUUCGGCACCUCAUAUUAUUGUUCCGUAAUACAACGUAGCCGGGGUGGACUCGUCGGCGUCAUCGUAAUCGUCUGGUGCAACCUUCACGCACCAGGAUUACGAUGUCUUGUCAUUGAACCUCUUCAUGGGGUUCAUCUGCCUAUGUUCCAUACUCCGGUUUUUUGGGCAACUCCGCCCACGUCGCUGAGGCACUCGAGGGGAGGACCUUAAUGCCGCCUCGCCCGAGGCAACGGGCGACGGGUGAUCGCCCCUCCUCGUUCUGGUCACGAUGCUUCCAUAAGUGCCAAAGGGCCGGCAUUUUCCCUGGCUCGCGGCGACAGUGUGUCACACCCUCGCUCAAGCCCACGCCAUCGUCAGACUGCUAUGGCCCGCCCACACAUAUGUACCAUAGCUCCAGCCUGUCCCACGCAUCCUUGAAGUUCCCCUCUGCUACAUCUUCAUCAAGAUGGAGUCAUUACCCAGUCCAGUCGAACGUCAUUGGGUCCGUGAGCGGAUGCUGAACAUCACGUCUGGAGGGAGCGGGUCCACGAGAUGCCCGGGGCGCGUGAACGAGUGAACUGUCGGAUGGUGCGGUGCGGCGGGCCCGAGCAGUAACAGCAGCAGCAGCAGCAGCAUACAGGGUCGGGGGGGACGUGCUAUGUUUCCUCUUGCCACCGCCGUCUAGCGGAAAGGGUUCUACACUGUACUACUUUUGUCAUUCAAAUUACUCGGCAAAAAUAAAGGUAUGCCUAACCGCGGCAUACACUUUGCUCCCUUGCUCAUUCGUCAGUAUUACGUGAAUCCGAGACCAUCACAAGCAUCAGAUGCUUGAUGAUAUGCUCCUUUUCUUGUAACAUUAAGCUUAUCUUCUUUUAUCUUGAUCUGUUCAGGCAAGUUCAGUCUCCAGGCAAUAAUAUCACCCUUGGCUGGGAGCUGGGAGCGUGGCCUGGCUAUUCACUUCACUACUUGACUUGCUUCUCCAUAGUACUCUACACCACAUCCUUUCACUGACAGCCCAGCGCUCAAACCAGCUCUCCAUUCUCAUUUUCCAAAACAUUACUCACUCAAUCUCAUUUCCCUCUAUUCAUGGUUUUUACCCAGCAUGCGACCCUGAGCAGCCCGCCCGUUCCCAGUCCCUCCCCCUGGCAGCCCGCCCCGCCCUGCCCAAACCCGCCUCGCUCGAGCGGUGGCCAGGGCCCAGCACAGAGUCGCGCCCCCAGUUCCCCGGCGAACACUUUCUGUUACUCUACACAAAACUUUAACUUGUCUCUACUCUAAUGUUGGUGUACAUAAGCGUUUUAUAUUAUUUUUUUUUUACUUAGAAUGGUUAACAAGUGGCUCAUUAAUUAAGUAAAAGAUAUAUGUAAACAUCUCUUUUAGAGCUCAAGUUACAUGAAAUGAUGGAUUAUUGAAAAACAGUUACGACAAACUUCAAGUCAAUUGAUACCAUACCGUAUCACUUUCCAUUUUAUACAAUAGCGGAAAAAUAAUUCCCCAAAGACAAUACCUGACAAUAAAUACAAACCAGCGCGCCAUACCAA